AUGGAAGCAUCAGUCCUGAAAAUAGGAUUAACAAAAGGGAAGCAGCCAAUAAUAGCUACUUUGAUUGUUCAUCUUCUAGUAGCCUUACUUUCUCUAAGCAUCCAUUUUUCAGUUACAGCAGAUUAUGAAAAUAUGCCUCUCAAUCAUCCCAUCCAUGGCAAAUCUCCUCCAUCACCGCCUACUAAAUCAUCGCCACCACCACCUUACAUCCAUGGAACUCCACCAACUAUGCAUGGCAAGUCUCCACCGCCACCUCCGCCCCCUAAGUCAUCGCCACCACCACCAUACGUCCAUGGGAAGUCUCCCCCCCCCCCCCCCCCCCCCCCCCCCCCCCCCCCCCUCCAAAGGCUCCAAAAGCUCCAAAGGCUCCAACAGCUCCAAAGGGUCCGAAGUCUCCAAAGUCUCCACCUGAAUAUACAUUGCCACCUGUACCUCCUACACCUCCACCACCAGAUUACCUUUGAUCAUCAUCUCGUAAACAGGGGCCGAACCAGUAUUUUAGAAUAA